CACAGGCUCAUCGGUUUGUUCUUGACAUUCAACGAUCCACAUUUCUGGCGUAGUAACAAAUAGAAAGUCGUCAUGGCGGUUCCGUCGCUUCUCCAACUUGAAGAGGUGAUCCAACAAUUUUAUGCGGGUCAGGAUUCAGCUUACCAAAAAUCGGCACAGGAGUAUCUUCAUAAUUUGCAAAAGGAACCAUUUGCUUGGGAACUGGCGCCUCGUCUGCUCUCAUCUCAGAGUGAGAACAGUCAGUUUUUUGGUGCACAUACCUAUCAAGUCAAAAUUGCAAGGGAUUGGAAAACAAUUCCUGAGGAUAGGAUUGAAUGGGUGCGCGGGGAGCUAAUUAGAUGGAUUGCUCGCUACUCUAAUGGGCCAGCUUUCAUCCGAACAAAGCUAUGCUUGGCACUAUCGGCAUAUGCCAUUCGUGCUGUUCCCACAUAUUGGUCAGACUUCAUUCGCAGCUUCUACCAGGACCUUCAUGCACAUCUCAAUCAAAAUAUUGAUGGUGUAUUCAUGUCACAGCAAGCAAUGGAGGCUGCGUUACUUGAUUUUAUGACAAUUGUUGCUGAGGAACUUAGUCGUGCUGAGAUUGAACCCAUGCAAAGGAGUCGGUUGUCUGGCGAAGUAUCGACAGGUAUUCCAUUGAUCAUGUCCUUUAUUCAGAAAAUCCUCGUUGGCAACGAUUCCGCAUCUAAACAGAAGGCUCUUAUAUGCUUCAAGAGUUGGGUUCAGUAUGGAGUCGCUUUCGACGUAAUUCAGCCUGUUUUGGGUUUGGCAUUAAACUCCUUGCUGCAUGACGAGACAUUCGAUGCUGCAGCAGAUGUUUGGUCAGAAAUCAUGUCUUCUACAGCUGCGGCAAAGCACCAAAAUACUGUCUGCGAAGGCCUGAUGCCGUGCUUUGCAAGCGAGUGGGCGAGGGCUAAACAUCUAGAGUCUAUUCAGGCUGAAAAUGAAGAUAUCAGUAAAAGUUUGUGUCAGCUCCUGUCAACGUUCGGGGACAAUUUUUCAGAUUGGAUUGCUGCCAGAUUCCUUAGGUCAGAUAUUGUGGUCUACCUAGAGAUGAUGAUGGGUUUCGCAGGAUUCCCUGGAUACUACGCCGAAGAUGAGACAAUUAGUGAUUUAACUCUCAAUUUCUGGUAUAUGCUUCAGGAAUCCUUAAGUGAGUUACAACCUGAUGACGCAGAUGAUGAAGAUCAAGGCGGUAUGAUGAGUCAUGAAAGCUUGGAUGAUGACCGGCAUGUAAUCUUGUCAACCAUUUCGUCUGCGUCCUCCAUCACUGGUCUGAACAAAGAAUCCCUGCAAACAAUCAAGGAAGCCUCGGUCCAUGUUUAUACCCGAUUAGCAGAAGUUCUCAGGAAAAAGUUGGAAUAUCCACCACACAAGGAGUGGAUAUCAUGGGCGCGAGACAUCAGACAGGAAUUUACUGGUCACCGACAAGAGAUUGCAGAUACUUUGAUCAACUCAUACCAUGUCCUUCAUGAUCAGAUAUUGUCGCUACUUAUAGACACAUGUAUCAUUCAGCUGGACGAAAUUGGAAAAGUCUCAAUAUCAGGUAGCGACAUUAAUGAAAACUUACCGCUAGAGACGGCUUUUCUGCAUCUGGAAGCGACUCUUUAUUGCCUGAAAGCUUUAUCAGAGGUGGUACCGCAUAGUGAGAACAUACAACUGCCUCGCUUCUUCAGUAAUCAAGUGUUUGGAAGGCUCCCUACAAAUGUCAUAUGUCGAGCUCGUGAAACUGCUCUGGGCCUUGUUGGCUCCUACGCAGAUUGGUUCAAAUCCCACCCUCAAUUCUUGCUGUCGAGUUUAAACUUUGUCAUUCCAGCUCUUGAGGUUCCUCAACUAGCACCAUAUGCAGCCAAGGCUCUCAAGAAUAUAUGCGAUACAUGCCGCGAGUUGCUUGUGGAGGCCAUUGAUGCAUUUAUGACUGUGUUUGCGAACGUAGAGCGCGCUAUCGAUCCUGCGAUCAAAGGCAGCGUUGUUUUCUCAAUCGCGACUGUCAUCCAAACUUUGCCUGUGGAACGCAGCAUUAACCCACUUGUGGGCCUAUUGGGUGACAUCUUUACAAGAUCAAAUGAAUGUCUCGAAACUAGGAAGCAGCGUUUAGCAACUGGCGGUAACGAACUUACCGCUACGCAUCAUCAAGGUGCUAAUGGCGAAACAGAAUUGGAGCCACUUUCAGCCAUGAUGUUGCAGCAGCUUGAAUUCCUAUUGUCAUGCUGCCGUGGACUCCAGUCGCCACUUGAAGAAGAGAUCCGGACUGAGGACGAAAGAAUCCAGAUUUAUCAAAAAUCAAUAGAGGAUAGGAACAAAGUACUAGCUACAGGAGGCAUGGCAGUCGAGUUGACGCGGUCUAUGGAGCAAGUUAUCCAAGGAACUAUCAUGGUUUGGCCGCAUGAACCGAUAAUUAUUGAGAAGGUGUGCCAAGUCGUGAAGUCCAUGAUGACAGUAUCGCAAUUCUCUCCGCUGUAUCUUCCGUUUCCCACCUUAAUCCAUAUUGUCGAAACCGGGUUUCGACAGCAUGCUUUUCCAUGCUGGCUUGAUGCAGCUGCUAAGAUUGUAUCUGUGUAUUACUUUGAAACUACUGGAGGUUCAUUAUUUUCCAAACUUGGGUCUGGUGCUGCUGCGACUAGUUUAAAUGAGAGUUCAGCCUCAAGUUUAUUUGACCGUAAUGGGAAAUCAUCCAUGGUGCAAGUAGUGGAUUUGGAAGCCCAUUCAAACUCCAUUAACAUGCCUAUUAAAGCAAGAACUCAGGCAGAACUAGAGAGUGAGACUGUGUUCACACAUUUUCUAUCAGCCCUUGUGAGUCGUACCAUGGAAGGAAUACAGUCUAUGGCGAACAUGGAGGAAAGCCCGGACAUUGUUCACUCAUUCUUUGCAGUUCUAUCGCAGUUCGUUCGCCAUGCACCGCUUGCAUUCUAUAGUAUCCCUCCAGAGCAAACAGAUAAUUUGAUGAACUUUGCCAUAGCAGGACUUGCCCUCCAGGAACGCCUGGCAUUAAAGGCUACAUUAUUAUUCUUGGUAGAGUUCGUUAACCAGAACCAUGACUACCCUGCGUUGCAGCAACGAGUAGAUGCACUCAUGACCCGGAUAGGACCUCAGAUGAUGCGUGGCAUUCUGUUUGGUAUUGGUGGACAUGUUCCUAGGAGUAUGGUGCCACAGUUGAAUGAUACGCUAUACCCACUCAUUGGAAAAUAUCCUCAGCAAUGCCGUAACUGGAUGCAGUCCUUACUUGCAGAGCCUGGCUUUCCGUCCAAAUAUGCAGAUCAAGCAUCCAAAGAAAAGUUCAUCAAAGGCAUCAUGGGAACUCGGAGCCCCAAACGGUUUAAAGAUGAGGUUCAUCAAUUCUCCAAUAAGUGUCGGCAAUUAGACGGAUCUGUGUUUGGCUCUGCAAUUUAAUAAUUUAUAGCAUCUUCCUUUUCUGGAGGGACUCGUAUCCAACCUACACAUGCUUCCCAGCUUUGAAACGGAUCAUAGCUCCAGCAUAAUCAGGACACUGCUUAUAUGAGACUCCUGAAUGAAAUAAGUAGUUCUG